AUGGUCGGACGACUUACUGGAAAGAACGCCAUUAUCACCGGCGCAGCUGGCGGCGUCGGUCUUGAAUCCACUAUUCUCUUCCUCCAGGAGAGUGCUUCUGUCCUGAUGAUCGAUGUCAACGACACCGCGCUCGGUAAAGCUCUUGCCAAGGUCAAGAGCGUCGUCCCCAACCACGACGGCAAAGUAGAGACAAAGGUCGUCGACGUGUCCAAAGAAGAUCAAAUCGAGGCAGCGGUUGCACAUCUUGACUCCUGGGGCGGCGUCGAUGUUAUGUUCAACAACGCCGGCAUCAUGCACCCCAAGGACGGAGACUCGGAGGAGUGCCCCGAUAGUAUCUGGGACCUGACCAUGAAUAUCAAUGUCAAGGGCGUUUGGUAUGGCUCUAAACAUGCCGUGCGAUCACUGAGGAAGCACGGCAAGUCCAAAGGCAGUAUCAUCAACACGGCCAGUAUGGUCGCUAUUGUCGGAUCCGCAACACCGCAGGUUGCCUACACUGCCAGCAAGGGUGCUGUCCUUGCAUAUACCCGGGAGAUGGCUGUUGUUCAUGCGCGCGAAGGCUUCCGCUUCAACUCUCUCUGCCCUGCACCCCUCAACACUCCGAUGCUCCAGGAGUUCCUCGGUGACGACAAGCCCAAGCGAUUCCGCCGUGAAGUUCACUUCCCCACCGGUCGAUUCGGCGAGGCCAUUGAGCAGGCUCAAGCUGCCCUUUUCCUCGCUAGCGAUGAGAGCAGUUUUGUUAACGCACAUGACUUUGUUGUAGAUGGUGGAUUGACAAAGGCAUACGUGACACCUGAGGGUCCUGUCCCUAAGCCUCCAAAGAAUCAAGGGCACUAA